UUCUGUUUUAAAUUUUGGAUCACAAAGAGAAGAGCUCGCCAAGGGUACUUCCUACCGGCGUUUUACUUUUUAUUUAAGAAAUAUUUAUAUUUAAGACCUAAACCAUGAUUAUAGACCAUUAACUUGCUAUAAUAUAACCACUUAACAGAUCUUAUGGUCAUAGAAGAUUACCUUGAAGAUGAUGAGGAACCACCUUCGUUGUUCAACUCUCUUCUUUCUCACAAUGCUGAGCUGGCGGGGCUCCCUGUCACUGCAGUGUGGGAAAGGAGAGGUCCUGAGCAGCCAAGGUCUGUGUGUUCCCUGCCUGACCUGCCCCCAGGGACAGGAGCCUGACCGGGCCUGUGGUUUUGAGGAUGCUCUGGGGUCAACGUGCAGGGCCUGUCCUGGUGGUACCUUCUCAGACAGGCUGGACGCCGAGCCCUGUAGGCCUCAUACCCAGUGUCACACACUGAAUCGCUCCCUCCUUCGUCAUGGGACAGCGGAGACGGACACGGUCUGUGGAGAAUGCUUGCCUGGGUUCUACUCAAGUCAGAUGGACCCCUCUGGUCUCAGCCCUUGUUUGAGCUGCAAGUUGGCACCCAUAGGAACUUCUGCUUGUGAAGGACUUCCAAACCCCAGCCCGCGGUUGCCGAGGAGUGCUGGGAGCAGCGCCGCCAAGACGCCGGGCAAGCGCUCUGCCAACUCCACCAGCACGCUGACGGCCGAGGAGAAGACCACCGAGUACGCUGUGUUCGCCCUGGUGCCCAUCUUCUGCGUGAUGGGACUGCUCGGCAUCCUGAUCUGCAACAUCCUGAAGAAGAAAGGCUACCACUGCGUGCCAGAAAAGGAGGGCGGAGAUGAGGAGGCGCCUGUCCCGGAGAAAGACGGUAAUGUUUGCCCCUACACUGUGGAUGAUGCCAAUGAAGACACAAUCAGUGUGUUGGUGCGACUUAUAACUGAAAAAAAAGAAAAUGCUGCUGCUUUAGAAGAACUGCUGAAGGAAUAUGAGAGCAAACAGAUGUCCAUCAGUAAAGCAACUUCCAUCAAGUUCCCUCCUGUGGCCCAGUUACCCCAGUUGCCCCAGCUGCGACCCCUGCCCAGGCUGUGCCCUCACCAGCACCACCUGCACACCGUGCAAGGGCUUGCCCCAUGCUCGGGCACCUGCUGCUCUCGCUGCAGCCAGAAGAAAUGGCCAGAGAUCCUGAUGCCCAUCGACACUAGUAAGACCACCAAAGUGGGCACGAAGAACAGCCGACCGGGCGAGAUCACCAUUCUCUCUGUGGGCAGGUUCCAGGUGGCCCAGAUUCCCGAGCUGAAGCCCACCUCCCUGGCCGAGCUCACCCCUCUGGAGUCGAAUGACACGGACUCCAUUGACACUACACACACAGAGCCAGCUGACGAGAAGUCACUGCUGGGCAGCUCCUCCUCGACCCGUCCCAAGACCAAGUGGCUGAAACCCGGGGACAGCAAGCCAGAGGACCGAAAACUUGUCAUAAGACUGGGAGAAACUAAUCUUGUUAUUUAAAGGUGAACAUCUAACGGGAGAAGCAACCCGAGUGCUGGAAGAGAACUCUGCUUUGCUGCCACACAUCUGGGAGCAAGGAGUGUGCAGGAGAAAUGAGCUGAAAACGCCAGCCUGAGGAGACACCUGAUGCAGCGACAAUGACAAAGAUUCCCAUAACACUUGACGCAGCAGUGGGAUUUUUCCAUGGCCUGGCCUGAAAGCUUAUUUUUUAUUUUUUUAAUUGACUCAAAGAUGAAAUGCUAUAUUUUGAAUUCUGAAUUAAGAGGCUGACGAACAAAUUAUUUUGCCGUGCUUCCCAAUCUAGUUAUCCAGGAUAAUCUGAAGCUUAAACAUUACCACUACCUAACAUACACAUUUUUUAAGUGGCGCACAAUUUGUCACAGUUCAGUGCCUCUGAUCAGAUUUUUAAUUUAUGACAGGAUCAGUGAUGGUUAUCCUGGGACUUUCUUCAUAUGUAACACAGCAGUACACUGUUCUUCUGAAUGCUGCUGUGCUGAGGCUUUUAUUCCAUCUGAGCUCCUUAUUACUUAACCUGUCCAAUUAUCUUCUUAAUGAUGCAGAUUUAACACCCUGCCCCAUUGCCUUCAAAAAGAUUUGUUUGCACCGGCAUUCAAGUGCAUUUUUUUUAAACCAUCAGCUGGGAAAAGGUUUUAAAAAAGGACUUUAAUGCGAUUCCCAGCCGACCGAAAAAUUUGAAUUAUUGCGGAGCUGAAGUUCAAACAAACUACAGAAGACACUCCGCCAUGACUGCAGUCCAACACCCCUGCUGCACUAUGGAUUUGAUUAAUUACCUCCUAAUGUCGCAGUGCAGUCCUGCUUUUUUUUAAACCUCUCGCUAUGCUGGCUAGCAAAACGUAAGCGUUUAUUGAAACAGAGAUGCAGGGGUAGUUAACAGGAUAUCUUUAAGCCUUCCUUUCAGAACGUCAGUGAGGGAAAUAAAAGUUCUCAAGAGAAACCACACAACACAGAGAGAGAAAAGAUGAAUGAAGUAAUGUCUCCCAGCUAACAUGCUUUUGUUGGAUACCUGUUGACGCUGAAGGCGUGUUUGCUGCAGACUUUCUGCUGCAAAAAAAAAAAGACACAGUUCCUGCCACAGGAGACAGAUUGUGCUUUAUUUUGCUUUAUUGCAACUGAAUGUGCAAAACAACAGUAUAAUAUUACCAAGUCUCACAACCUUUACUUUGCCGUGAGCACAAAUCAGCCUGAAACGCUGCUUUCGACAUCUCCAUUUCCUGUCACAGUCCCUUCCUUGAAUCAAGCCUGGAUGAGUAUUCUUAGUACUGAUUUUCUUUUGUUUAAAGGAACAGAAAAAAAAACAGAAAAAUGCCACUGAUCUGUGGGAGUUAAUUUUGGCGAGACCGUUUACAUUAACAUUUUUGUAUAGUUUACAAGUCAUUUUUGUUUUUUGUACGUUUGUGAAGGUCUUUUUUAAAAAAAUGGUUUUAAUUGUAUUUAUUGGUUAGACAUUGUGCUGUACGUUUUUCCAUCUGUGUUAAAUGUUUUUAACUGAAAUGUCUGUAGUAAAAAUAUCAUCUCUCCAACCUUUAAGGUUUAAUUUAUUAUGCUGCAUUGGCUGGGUAUUUGUAUUCUUUAAAUAAAGAAACCAUUGGAAGGCUUCUCUA